AAGAAGACUAUACCUUGGAAUGAAUCAACAAAUGAGAGAAAUUACUCCAUGGUGACAGAGUUCAUUUUUCUAGGACUCUCUGAUUCUCUAGAACUCCAGAUUUUCCUAUUUGUAUUCUUUUUUGUAUUCUAUAUGGGAAUUGUGUUUGGAAAUCUUUUCAUUGUCCUAACUGUGACUUCUGACCCCCAUCUUCACUCCCCCAUGUACUUCCUACUGGCCAACCUCUCCCUCAUUGAUUUGUGUCUGUCUUCAGUCACAGCUCCCAAGAUGAUUGCCGACUUUUUCAGUAAACGUAAAGUCAUCUCGCUCAAGGGCUGCCUUACUCAGAUAUUUCUCCUUCACUUCUUUGGUGGGAGUGAACUGGUAAUCCUCAUAGCCAUGGCUUUUGACAGAUACAUAGCCAUCUGCAAACCCCUUCACUAUACCACAAUUAUGCGAGGAAACGUAUGUGUUGGCAUUGCGACUGCUGCUUGGGGAACUGGUUUCCUCCAUUCAGUGAGCCAGUUGGCCUUUGCAGUGAACUUACCAUUUUGUGGUCCAAAUGAAGUCGACAGCUUUUACUGUGAUCUUCCUAGGGUCAUCAAACUUGCCUGUACAGAUACUUACAAGUUGGAUAUCAUGGUCAUUGCUAACAGUGGCAUACUCACUGUGUGUUCUUUUGUUCUCCUCAUCAUCUCCUACUCUAUUAUCCUAGUGACCAUCCUGCAUCGCCCUUCAGAUAGGUCAUCUAAGGCUUUGUCUACCUUGACAGCUCACAUUACAGUAGUUCUUCUGUUCUUUGGACCAUGUAUCUUUAUUUAUGCCUGGCCAUUCCCUAUUAAGUCAUUAGAUAAAUUUCUUGCUGUGUUUUAUUCUGUGGUCACUCCUCUGUUGAAUCCUAUCAUAUAUACACUAAGGAAUAAAGACAUGAAAGCUGCAAUGAGACGGCUCCUAAAACAGAAUGUGAAUUCCAGGGUAAAAACUUAG